AAUAUUUAAAAGAUGCUUCAAAGAAAAUGAAAAAUGGCCUUAUGUUUAUAAAAUUGGUAAACCCAUGCUCAGGGGAAGGAGCCAUUUACUUAUUUAAUAUGUGUCUGAAGCAGCUGUUGGAAAUCAAAGUUUUCAAGGAAAAACACCAUUCCUGGUUUAUAAAUGAAUCAGUUCAGUCAGGAGGUUUCCUUCACUUUGCUACACCCAUGGACCCUCUGUUUCUGCUCCUGCAUUACCUCAUAAAAGCUGGCAAAGAGGGAAAAUUUCAGCCGCUAGAUCAAGUUGUGAUGGAUGAUGUGUUUCCAAAUUGCAUCUUGUUGCUGAAACUUCCUGAACUUGAGAAGUCACUUCGUCAUGUAACGGAAGAAAAAGAAAUAGACAACAAGAAAUAUUACAAGUACAGCAAAGAGAAGACAUUAAAGUGGCUGGAAAAAAAGGUUAAUCAAACCGUGGGAGCAUUAAAAGCCAAUCAUGUCAAUGUGAGUGCCCGGGUACAGUCAGCUGCAUUUCUCUCCACUGACCAGAUUUCCAGUGACAAGGAAGAGGAUUUUAUUCAUUAUGCCCAUGGUCUGAUAUCUGAUUACAUCCCUAAAGAAUUAAGUGAUGACUUAGCUAAAUACUUAAAGCUUCCAGAAACUUCAGCUCAAAUGCCAAAUCCUCCAUCAAAGAGACUAAAGAUGUCAGAUGAGCCCGUAAAAGCAAAAGAAGACUACACUAAGUUUAACACUGAAGAUCUGAAGAUGGAAAAGCAGAAAAAUAGCAAAAUGACUGCAGCUCAGAAGGCUUUGGCUAAAGUUGACAAGACUGGCAUGAAAAGUAUUGAUGCCUUUUUUGGUGUAAAAAAUAAAAAGAAAAUUGAAAAGAUUUGAAAAUAAAGUUAAUAAAGAAAAAAAAAACCCACUCAAACAAACAUACAAAACCAUUUUGCUUUUUACAUGUUCCAUUUCACCCUUCCUCUGUAUGACUGUAUUUCCUGAUCCUUAAUCACCAUUUUAUGGGGAGGGGGGUCAGGGGUCAGAUUCCUUUGAACAUUGCUUUGGAUUUGAAUUUUGUGUUUCUGAACAAAAUAUGGGAAAGUAAUUGUGUAAUUUCAUGGCUGUGACCUUUUGAGUCUAACAGUGAAAAGUAAUAGCAUCACUGAAUCCUCAAUAAACUGACCCUUGACAACAUUUAAGUUUAUUGACCAUUAUUUUAUGCAACUUUGCUUUACAGUAGCUUUAGCAAAAUGGUUUUCAGAAUACUGAGAGAAACAGUAACAAAAGUCACAGGUAAAUUGCUACGUUUUGAAAUAUGUUAGUUUUUAUAAUGUUAUUCCCUUUUUAGUAAUACAUGUUCUUUGUAGAAAAAUAGAAAAAUAAAACCAAAUUUGUAGUGCCUUACUGUCACUGGGCUGGGUCUCAAGUCUCCAAGGCUGAAAUAAUGAAUGCAUCCCACUCUUUUAAAAUGAGUAGAUAGGUUUGCUGACUCUCAUCAAGGAAAAAGAAUUUUUAAUAUACCAGUAAAAAAGACACAAGGGAUUUAUUGGGGUAUAUUCAAAGAAUGGAGUGUGGAUGUUCAGAGAAGUGAGAACAUGUUACAGGCUGCAGUGGGGUACAUUUAAGGGCUGUCUUUAAGAUGGGCAAUCUAGGAUGUGUAUUUUCACUGUCAGGCUAUAGUACAGAUACAGUAAGUGUUUGAAGUUGAGCUAUGCUGCCCACUAAUGUGCUUUUUAGGGUGGAGGAAGACAAUUUGUAUGUGAAAAGGACAGGUCUAUGCCUGGAAUUUACAGAGUAUUGUAAAAGAACCUGUAGGGGGGACAUUUUUCACCUUCAUUGUAUGAGCAUU